AUAAGUGGAAGAGGUGGAGGUGAAGAGUAUAUGACUAGUAUGUGGAAGAGGUGAAGGUGGAGGAGCAUGUGAAGUGAUGACUGAGUGUGACUGUCACGGUAGUAGUAGUAGUAGCAGUGGUGGUGGUGGUGGUAGUGGUGGUGGUGGUUAGAAGAGUGCGUGGGGGGAGGCAUUGCACAAGGUCGUGGUGAUGGUAGUCUUAGUGGCGGUGGCGGUGGUGGUGGUGGUGGCGGGGAAGUGGAGUGUGUGAGGGAGUGGUGGUGCAGAGAGCAUCGACCGUGGCGAGGGUCUCCAGUUUGGACUGCCCUCCAUAGUGUGAUAGAUGAGCAAGUCACACACACCCAGGUGACCCCACCCAGCCUUGGAGCCUCACACAUGCCCAGGACAAUGACAUCCAAGAAGGAACAUCCCACCUAGUCAGCCUCUCCCCAAGUCCCUCCGCCACCGCCCACAGCAUCCUUUCCACCUCCACCCCCUCUGACGCCACACCGCCACUGCCUCCUGACCCCUGCACCACGCAACGAGGACAAAGCCUGGGACGUCUUAAGUGGAUGUUCUUUGUCAUCUCUGCUGUGAUUGGAUGUCGUCUUUGUCAAGCUCUUAUGUUGUUUUGUUUGUGAAGAGCUUUGCUCCUUGAUGCCUGCUUUAGUUGCUAGGUGAUUAGUUAAAUAUAACAUAUACUACUCCAUUCUAGUCAAACAAAUUUCUUUAUAUCAAGUACAGAGAUAUAUUAUUUUUGUAAUUUAAUUUAGAUGUUAUGCAAUCUGCUGUAGAACUAUAUAGUAUUAAUUACAAUGGAGAAGCUACCUUCUGCAAAGAAGGGGGAACACAAAGUCCAGUUUUCCGAUGAAACUGACCUCAAACUUAGAGGACAGAAAGUAUGUGGCAAGCCUCCCGAGGUGCCCCGGGCCCCUCCAUACAGCCGAAGUAGCAGUAGACUUAGUGGCAGUAGCAGCAUCAGCAGCAGUAGUAGCAGCACUAGUAGUUCAAGCACCAGCAGAUUCAGCAGUAGUGGAGGGAGCAGCUCAACUCUUGAGAGGUCAGUGGGCCGAGGAUCAGACCCUUCAAGACUGACCUCCUCUCUGGACCGCAAACGAACUGGAUCUGUCAGGAGUAAAACUUCUGACCGUGUUCAGAAGAGUGACUCAAGCAGGAGUCUCUCACUAGACAGAAGAAGAGCAGAAGGCUCCCGCCGGGAAAGUGCAAGCCCCAGCAGCUCUAGCACAGAGAGAAAGAGGCGAGAAUGCGAGAACAGAGAUAUUCAGAACAUUCUAAACAGGGAGAAGAAGCCAAAGACCAGACUUCCUGCUACUGGACACAGCAGGAGUCAGUCUGGAGAACAGGGAAGACUGCUGGGUCGCCAGAAAAUGGCACAACCAACGCUCUCUCAUGGCAAAGGUGAUCACUCAAAGACUUAUAUUGUGGAGGAGAAGAGCACAACCAAGAUAGAAGAGAAGAAGUUACCUUUCCACAUGGACUGGGCUGAGAGGGUGAAGAGGGCCACAUCACGAAGCCCAAGUAGAACCCAGACCACCAGUGAACCUUUAGAGAGAGAAGACAAGGAAAACGAAAAAGUGAGGGAGAAGGGAAAAGGGGACUCGAGGAACCAAGAUCGGAAGGAAAGGGGAAGAUCACUCAAGAGAGAAAACAGGACCAACAAACAUGCCUCUAAUGGGAAACACAAAUUUGAGGAGCACUUCACUAUGGAUGGCGAUGUGAUGUGGGUGGGCAGCAGCAGAAGGAAUGGGUACCUCAUCUUCAAUUGUGCCACUUUGGAGGACCCACCCAAGGAUUCCACGGCCCACAAAUACACCAUGACAUUCAAGUUCUCGCAGUCGGACUCCAAGCUCAUUCGGAUGCUGAUGGAAGCUCACGGCUUUAGUGAGGUGGAGAGCAACAGUUCCUUCUUCAACCUUUAUUGGGGCAAUGCUCACUUCAAUCCCAAUGAGAUCCGUCAACUUCAGGACUGGCAGAAGGUCAAUCAUUUUCCAAGAUCAUCGGAGCUCACCCGAAAGGACCGGCUGUACAUGAAUAUCAAGCGAAUGCAGCGGCAGUUUGGGGUGAAGCUGUUUGACUUCAUCCCCACAAGCUUCAUCCUGCCCACUGAGUAUCGAGACUUCUGUGACACACACCUGCGGGAGCGCGGCACUUGGAUUGUGAAGCCCGUGGCCUCCUCCCAGGGCAAGGGUAUAUACCUGAUCAACCAGGUGGACCAGGUGCCUGCAGAUGAGACCUCACUCUUGUGCCGAUACAUUGAGUCUCCAUUGCUGGUGGAUGGUUACAAGUGUGAUCUGCGGCUCUAUGUGGGUGUAACCUCCCUUGACCCAUUGGUGGUGUAUCUGUAUGAGGAGGGGCUGGUGCGCCUUGCCACUGUUAAGUACCAGCAUGGCAAGAACCUGUGGAAUCCCUGCAUCCAUCUCACUAAUUACUCCGUCAAUAAGUUCCACUCUAAUUAUGUUCAAAAUGAGGAUCCAGAGGUGGAUGACCAGGGAAACAAAUGGUCUUUGAGUGCCUUUUUGCGGCACCUGAAGAGCCAAGGCAUUGACACGGGCUCCCUGAUGAGGUCCAUUGAAGAUGUCAUCAUCAAGUCCCUCCUUGCUGCCUCGUACCAGAUGAACACCGCCACCAACAUGUUUGUGCCUCAUCCCCGCAACUGUUUUGAGUUGUAUGGGUUUGACAUCUUGAUUGACAGCCAGCUGAAGCCAUGGGUGCUGGAGGUCAACCUUUCUCCCUCCCUCAAUAUUGAUCAGCCUUUAGACUUGAAGAUUAAGUCAGCAAUGCUUGCUGACCUUUUCUCCCUCGUGGGUGUGCAGGUGAUGAACCCCUACACUGCCAAGACAUCGUCACGUCCAUCGGUGUUCCGCAAGUUGCCAUAUUUGCGCUACUCCAUGGAUGCGUAUGAGAAGCACCAGUUUGCCAAGGGCACCAAUAUUGUUCCCACUGCUGAGGAGAUACGCAUUGUGAGGCAGGUGCGGGAAGAGUACGAGAGGAGGGGUGGCUGGGCUCGCAUCUACCCCACGCCAGACUCUUGGGGCCUGUAUGGCGGCCUGCAGGAAUAUGAGAGUCCACUCAACUUAGUCCUGCAUUAUCACCUCUAUCCACACGUGCCACGAACCAACAGAUUCGGCAGAGUGGCAGCUGGCCGUGUGUCUGGAGUGUCCAGCAGUGGUCUGGCUUCCUCCUUGGAGCGGCUCACCUGCUAUGAACGUGCUUUACCCAAGGGUCUGAUUUUCCUCAAGAACAAGAAAAACUUGGGCCCCAACAAGAAGGAGGAUAACAAUGAGUGUCGAGACUUGAAGAAGGUGAAGGCCAGUCUCAUAAGGGCUCUGGAGAAUGGCCUGGCUUUGAGCAAAUAUCAGGCACGCAUGGCAUUUUCUGUUUACUUGCAACACAUCCAGAGGCGGCUGAUGAUUGGCUGUGAUGAGGAAAAGCAGACUGAUUUGGUGUACCGCUUCCUCCGCUCCGCCUCACGAACACUCCACUGCCCCAUGAAUGUUCAGAACCCAAGCAAGACGCUGCCUUCAGAAGCUCGAGCUGUGGUGAUUUCUAAGCAGCUGGGAGAUUUCAUCCAAGCCUACACCAGGGAGACACACAUUUACUUGGACCCAGCUGCCUCGGCCUCCUGCUCCUCCCUGUCCUCCCAGUGCCCAACUACAACCACUACAUCCUCUGAGCCCUCCACACCUUAUGUUACCUCCCCGCCAUACACCUCCACCCUGUCCAUUAACUCCCCUCCUGCUGGGUCGUCAGUAUCCCUGCUGUCGGGCUCCAUGAGUGCUUCAACCUCCUUCAUUAACCAUGCCUCAGCAGCUGUGUGUGGUUCCUCAGCCUCUAUCAAUAAUUCAGGUGCCUCCCACUUAAAUACCACCUCUAGUUCAGUCAUUGCACCACACCAUCCAGUUGAGACCCCAGAAUUGUGCACUCCAGUCAAACAGUCUUACUCCCUUGCCUCAGUCAGUAACUUGUCCUCAGUAUCAUUCAGCAGAUGCUCCUCAGUGUCUGUGAGGAAUGGGUCUCCCUUAAAUAAAUCAGCCUCUGUCUUAAGCUCCUUGUCCUCAGCCAGUACAGUCAAUAAUAUAUCUCAUGUGUCGCUCAGCAGUAUCUCCUCUGUGUCUGUCAGCAACCCUUCUCCCCUAAACCAAUCUCUCUCUGUGUCUUCCUUCAGCAGUCCUCUUUCACUCUCAAACUCCAGUUCCUUUACUUCCACUAACAAUUCUUCUUCCAUUCCCUUUUCAGCCUCCUCCAAUUCCAUUAGCAGUCCACCAUCUGUGUCAGUCACUGGCUCCUCUACAUCAAUUAACCUCCCACCACCUUCCAAAACCCCAUCUUCUGUCUCAAUAGCUUCCUUCAACUCUGCUUCGGACAUUGGAGGAGAAAUUGCUACGCUGCCUCCUCGAAUUCGAAGAUUGAAGUCUGAUGGAGACAAUUCCCUAUCUGUUACUGAUGAUGGCAGCAAGAUGUCCACCAGUCUUGACUCUGCUGAGCUGGAGAAGCACACAACAGAGCAGCAGCCACAGCAGCAGCAGCAGCAGCAACAGAUGAGCAAGGACGACCAUAUCACCAUGGACUUGUAUCGUGCUUUCAUGUCCAACGCUGGAGAAUCUGACCUGGAGGAGGUGUUGGCACUGCAGACCCGCAUGCACAACUCAGCUGGCGUGUUCCUAGAGUCCCACCGCCGCUCCCGCUUCUAUCCAGGCAGCUCACACUCUGUGGCUGGGACGGCCACUUCUCAUCCCUCCACCACUGCCUCCUCCACCUGCAGCUCCCGUCCCAGGACCCCCACUGCCUCACCCCAUGGGUCGCCCCGCCGCGCCCGACGCUCCCCCUCCACUGGUACGCGUCGUUCUUCGUCAGGCAGCAAUUUGUCGGGGAGUCACACAAAAGUGGGAGAACCUGUGACCAAUGAACCUCACUCCCAGAAUACUGAAGGACCAUCCUCCUCCCAGUCCCAAACCACCUCAGACCUUCCCCCUUCCUCCUCCUCCUCCUCCACUGCCACCACCACUGCGGCGAUGGCCACCACCCAGGCAUCACACCCCCCAAGCCAGCCGCCGGCCACCACCACUGCCUCCUCAUGCUGUCUCUUUGGUAACAUCCUCAAGGCAAGUCUAAAAGGAACAAAUACUUUUAUCUCAUGAAGGCAAAUGACAAUAGUUUUCACUUGUUAUAAUGAUAUUGCCACACAUGAAGCCACAGGAAGGUUACUUACAAGUAUGAGUAUCAUUGUGUUGGCAAUAUCCAAUUAUGUAUUGUAGAAAUAUCAAUGAAAAUUUGCUUUGCAUCCAUAGGUACAACUGGAAGUAGACACAUUUUGCAUACAUAAGCCUUGGCCAAUUAAAAGUUGCCUUUUCUAUGAUUUUAAUUAGAAUGCAUAAUAAGAACAUGCUAUAACAACUUAAUUGCUUAUUUAUAGGUAAGAAUUUUAAAAUCAGAAGAUCUGAGUUUAUAAAAAGCUUUUUGUCCUCCAGUUUAUAUCACAUGAAAAUAUCAAACCUUAAUAAUCUAUAAAAUACAAAAACACCAUUACUGUAGGUUGUAUAAAACAUUGUCUAAACUUCCAAAUGGGAGGCAUAUAGAAGGUGGAGGGUGUGACAACAUAGAGAAGAGAAUAAUAGGGAAGGAAAGCCAGAUGGCAAGCAAAGCAGAGGUUAGAACUUGUUGUGGUUCAUGAGGAACAGCCCAAUUGGGAAGACUCAGGGAAGACACAUUCGUUAAUAAGGAAUCUUCUUUCUCCUGAUUCUUGUUCACGUGUUUUGUGGUAGUCAUGGAUAACAGUACACACUUAGGAGUAAUAUGAUUCAAAGUAUUGCAUUCACUCUCAGAAUGUGAGGUCUUAAGGCAUUGGUUGUCAGUGAUCAUUCAUAAUUAAAUUUAACCCAUAGCAUGUUUGCUGCAAAUUUUCAUUUUAUUUAUUUAUUUUUUUUACAAACAGACAUGACUGCUAUUAAUUUCACACCAUGUUAUAAUGUUACUAUGCAAUGAUAAUAUUCAGAUAUAUGUAACAUUUAAUUUUGAUAGUGUACUGUAAUUAAAUUUAUUGUAAUUUUGGAAUAAUGUCAAAUGAUUACUUUUAUGGUUUUUGUUUUCAUACACUUUCAUUAGCCAUGGAUGGAGUGUAUUAACAAUAAUUGUCAUUGUUUCUUCCAAGAAAAUACCUUGUGAUCAGCACCUUCAUUCUGAAAAAGAUUUGGCUUGUGUCAGCUUGGUAAACACAGUGCCCUGUGGAAGCUUGUCCCAGGUACUGCUGAGGCUUGGCUCACAAGGAUGUUAUUUCUUUAUUUACUUCAUUUAACCUGACUUUUGUACAGGUUAUAUUAACCUGUAUUUACAAAUAUUGUUUGCUUUAAUUACAAUGCAAAAGGUAUGUACUUCUGUGUGUGUACAAUAAUGUUAUAUACAUGUUGAGAGCAAACCAAGCAAUGCUGCUCAGUGGCUCUAGCUACUGAAGGUUGUCUGUUACCAGCAGCAGCAGCAGCAGCAACAGCAGCAGCAGUGGGAGUUAUGUUAAGGGUCAUAAUAAUGCUAUGAAGCAAAGAUUUGUAAAAUUUUGCUUUUUCUGCUGUGUUUUGCUUCCAAGUGUUGUGCCAUGAAGACUGUGUGUUAUCAGGAUUGAGGGUGUGUUACAAAGUUCUGUGGUUGUGUUGCUUGUUGGAAUGUGGGAUUUUGCAGCAACAGUGUAUUUCCUUUAAAUAAGUGAGAUUUUAAGUGGCAACUUAAAAAUGCCAAAUACAUUUAUAUUUUGAUAUUUUACUGUGUUGUAAUAUUUAUAAUAAGAAGAACCAUCACAGGGUGGAGAGGCUAGAGCUACCUAAACAGUGAGUAAUGAAAAGGUUAAGUGUUUAAGAAGGUGCACACACACACACACACACACACACACACACACACACACACACACACACACACACACACACACACACACACACACACACACACACACACACACACACACACAACAGAAACUGUACUUAAUUUCUGCUUGCAUGUUCUAUUUAUUGACAAAGCAAACUCACAUUGUAUGAUAAUAUUCUUUAUUAAUUUUAUGCUUGGUAUGUAUCUUGCUACUUUUGUACUUUGUGCAUACUGACAUGUGGCAUGUCAUCAUUUCUGGCUUCCUCUGCUGCCUUCUGCCUCUUUUGAUAAUUCACCAUGUUCUAAACUGAUGCUUUUUGAACACUUUCAACUCAGCCUUUGUAUUUUUAUAAUGUCAAAAUACACCAACAUAGAUACAUUAAUCUUUUUAUGUGAGAUUGACAAAAUAUAUAUUUUUUGGCCUGACAUAAAGCAUGCUUAUCCAGUCAGUCAUACCCUUGGCUUCCUAUAAUCCACUUUGAUAUCCUAGUCACAAAUCCUUCCUCUCCUGCACACUGCCGUUGGCACUUGUUUCUGCAUUACAUGUGUGCUUUCUUUCCUUAUAUGGGUUUGAAGAUCUUGCUUCACCUCUUAUCCAUUAUAUGUCCUUCUCCAACUUCUCACAUUCCCUAACUGCUUAUUCAAGGCACAUAAUACAUACAUUAUUAACUUCCAUGUAGACUUCAUAGUAUGCCUUCUCUAACAUGUUGCCACUCAGUGUUGUUGCAUAGCAAGUUUUUUAUGUGUACAUUGUUUCCACCCAUGCAGACCACUGUGCACACAGACUGUUGCUGUUGUAUGUUUAUCUGCAAUUUUCUUAUUUGUUUUCACCAUCUGCAGAUGUUUUGUGAUUACUUCCGGUGUUGAGUGCGUCGGGUGUUCAGAUGUGUCUGAUUUGCUUUGUGUCAGAGUUUGGAACCUGAAUACUUUCAUUACUCAGAAUUGAGGAACUGUACUUAUGCUUCUUUAUUGUGUGUCUGCAGCUUAUAUCUUAUUGCAUAUUUAUGUCUUUGAUUCUAGUGAAAAAUUGUGCAUUGCCUGAAGCUAGUUUGCUUUAAAUAGUUUUAAGUAAUUACAGGUGUACUAUCUGCCCCCUUAUUGUGUAUAAAGUCACAAUGCAUCCAGUGUCCCUCCAGAUGGUGUUCAUAGUUGAGGCUGUUCUGUACCACCCAGACCUUGAGUCCCCAGCCAAGACUCCUGUGAUAGUUAUCAUAUACUUAGCAUCAUGGUGUUGCUUUCUUUUGUGUGUCACCCAGUAGGUCUCAGGUAUAGGAUCAGCAGUCUCUAGCAAUACUUCUUAACAGUGGGCAGCUAAUAGAGACUUCUUGUAAAGUACUUAAAACAUCUACUCUCUUGGUGUAACCUUGAGUAGCUCAUUUUUGUCCUUCCUUUUUGUCAUGGAAAUCUGUGAUUCCCAGACAUUCAAGGCCAAAGAGCUGCCUGUUAUUUAUGUUGUACUUAAUAUUCAUGUUACUAGGUAAUGCUGUAGAACCUCAAUUAACUGUCACUGCCAUAGUGAUCUGGCAAGCUGGUUAGUAGAGUCAAUAGGCCACCUCGUGCACACACAAAUUCUGUGAUUUAUAUCGAAGAGGUAAUACAGUACCUACUAACAUACUAAGCAUGGUUAUUAUUUCAGCACAUUCGGUUGCAGUUAAUUGAGUUAUAUAUCAAGAACUUGCACAUAAAUGUGCAGCUUGGCAAGCAAAUGCCAAGUAAUGAAGGCAAGGAAAUAGCCUUUAAGAACUGUGGUGGUAAUAAUGAGGAUAAUGAUCAUGUCUUAAAUAUUGGAUGCUCCAGGUCACAGAAAAUUUGAUAUUGUAUUAUAUGAAAAUUUGUAUCUGAUAUUGGAUAAAGAAAUUUGAAUAAUAUACUGGGAUCCUUUUGUUUGAAAGCAGCUGAAAACCAAUGAUAGUACAGUUAAUUUAUGCAAUGUUGUAUACUAUCGGAGCAAUAAUAGAGUUGUGUAGAGCAUUAGUUGCAGGUUAUUCAUUAUUUAUGCAAUUGGUGUUAACUGUAACUCCUCUAUGAAUAAUGGUAGCACUUAUGCAAAAAAGUGUGGUACCAGACAUUACUGUCAGAAUAGCAUGACUCCUUUCCUAACAUGUUGAGGCCUCUAUCAGUGAUGUCUGCUGUUGGCUGUUUGUGAAGUUCAUUAUUAUCACUGCCAUAAAAGGGAGCUCUCUCUCUCUCUCUCUCUCUCUCUCUCUCUCUCUCUCUCUCUCUCUCUCUCUCUCUCUCUCUCUCUCUCUCUCUCUCUCUCUCUCUCUCUCUCUCUCUCUCUCUCUCUCUCUCUCUCUCUCUCUCUCUCUCUCUCUCUCUCUCUCUCUCUCUCUCUCUCUCUCUCUCUCUGCAAAAUCAUCUGGUCAGUCUUGUCAGGUUAAUGGAUGCUUUGCUGUGUUCCUCCUUCUGGUGUCUCAGUGAAGUGAGAGGGUUCUUGAAAUGGUCAGCUUCAAUUGGCAUAACAAAACUGCCUUCACAUAGACAAACAACUGCUCAUGCACAAUGUUUCCCGUGAGAUGUUGUAGUUGUGGUUGUAAUAUGUUAAGCUUUAUCAUUCUAGAUUUGGUUGUUGAAAAUUGUUUGUAAGGAAACAUUUAUUUAUUUAUUUAUUUAUUUAUUUUUACGAUAAUGUGUUGUGUGCAGUUUUGUAUGAUGGGCCAAACAUCACUUAAACAUAAAUGUAAUGUUAGGAAAAUCAUGAUGUAACUUGACAGUCAUGUGCAUAAAGACUGGGGAGAACAUGAAGAAGGUUUGUGUGGGAAGUAUGGUAUUGCAGAUGAGAAGGUGCAGACUGUGAUGAGUUGAGGUAAUGAGAGGAUCAAAACCUAUCACUUUCCUAAAGUGAUAGUCUUAAUCAGGAAGGAAAGACUGGAAUGUUGUGAAUUACUUGCCCUUAUCAAGACAUUUUUAUUUUGUUGAUUUAUUUUUUCCACAUUGUUAAUGUAUAUUGAUAAGUUUUGGGUGAGAGGGCACAUGUGCACCACAGGACAGCUGCCCUCUCUCUCCAGUAAAAUUAGCAUGUUACAAUUACAAUGGAUUAUUUAUUUCACACACAGUUUAUAAACAGAGGAAAUAGUUCAGGAAAGACGGAUAUGUUUUGCAUGUUAAGUUAAUCAUCUUGCAUCUAUUUGUUACAUAAUACUUAGUGCAUUAUGUCAUGCAGAUACAGCACUGGUAAUGGUUAAGUUUUAUAACUUGUGUAAACUUGCAGGGCUGUCUGAAUGGGUCAGACAACUUUAAGCAUGUACAAUGGAUGAGCAGAUAUAUUUUGAGUGAAAGGAAUUUUUUUUUGUUUUUAUUUAUGAUUCAUGUUUGUGUGGAGAGGUAGAACUUUUUGUUUAUGAUUGGGCUUGAAGUACUUGUAAUAAGUGUUUGUAAAGAGAUAGGCUGGUGGCUGAGUAUUGAGAUGAAGAGAAACAAAAUACUGGACUUCAGAGCAGUUGGAUUAACUUUAUUGAAGUAUCAGUUUUAAUUCCCCACAAAAAUAAAAGAAACUUUUGGUUGGAGUAGAUGAUGCUGAGCAGUCUUGUGCCACAUUAGAUUAAGAUUAAGGUCUUUAUAGUUCUAUUUGUGACUUAUUUGCAGGUGUAAGUGUUGAAUCCAAUUGCUCUAAGCCAAAUGUCCUCAACAGAAUCAGUUAAAAGACAUGAAAGUAAUGAUUUGUACUAGCAGUGUGAAGUUUCCUUGCCCGUCCUACUUGACUAUAUUUUGAAAAAAAUUGUGUGCACCUUUGAAUGUAAUUGUGAUUUGUGACAGAAUUUCCUGUAAUAUUUUUAUAUUCCUGGUGACAAAAACCCAAAAUUUCUCCAGUUUUAUGUCUGGUAGCUAAACAGUUGAUCUUAUGCAGCACCUUAAUUAGUCAGGGAAAUGUGACAGCUUAUUUUUGGGCUUUGCAGCUAAAGAUAAUCAAGGUGUAUUUACACAGCCUGAGUGACAGACAAGUGUGGUUGCAGCUUUUGCCUAAAAAGAAAAGAAAUGUACAUUUUUCAUUAUUCAUAAAUACCAUGGUUAAUAUAUUGAUUAUAUAUAUUUCCAUGACUGACUUUGUUGUUUGAGUGUUCAGAGACUCACCACACUGCACAUGGAGGUGUGGGCAUCAGUCAGUUUGGGAAAUUCUUGUGCUUGUCAGUAAGCCCAUAAGUUCUGCUAAGUCUGCAAAAAAAAAUUAAGAUUAAUGGCAAGUUAUUUAUAAAGAAUAGGAGAAACCUUUUCAGCAAGUUUGAAUUACUGACCUUAUUCCAAAUUACAUCAUGUUGAGGCUAACUUUAUAAAUGUAUUACAAUUUUUGAAAAUUUUAUUUUAUUAUUUUUUUUUAUCACUGCAGCUUUGUCUCAAUGGCUUGUUUUUACAGUUCAAGUCAGUGGUUAUGCAUUCUCCUUAUAGUAUUUUUUUUUCUUUUUAGCUCAUUCAUAUGUGGAAUUGCAAGAACAUCAAAAUAGCAGUAAAUGAUGAGUUAGCUGUUAUCUAACUCAAGUUUGUCUUUAUUCAGAUAAGACAGGUAAAGGGUGUUGGCUAGGUUAAGCUUUGUUGUUAGAAUCACAUAGUGAGCUACAGGCUGGUGUGAAGCUCAGUGCAAUGUGAGGAUUGUCCUCAGUAGGAAUAAUAACAAUAAAUCCAGAGGUUAACUAUACACACACAGGUCUCCAAGGUAUACAGAUUUGAUACAUACAACACUUCUUUGAGGCAUGCAGACUGAGAAAUUCAGUAUAGUUUUGGAGUACACAUACGAUUUGUAUUGCAAUGUCAUAUGUUACAUAGAAAAUAUAAAAAUUGCAGCACCAGUUUAGAGAGGAAUCCAGCAUACAGCCCACCACCACAAAGCAAACAAUGGUAAUGACUAUAUAUAUAUAUAUAUAUAUAUAUAUAUAUAUAUAUAUAUAUAUAUAUAUAUAUAUAUAUAUAUAUAUAUAUAUAUAUAUAUAUAUAUAUAUAUAUAUAUAUAUAUAUAUAUAUAUUAGUCACAAUAACUCAGUGUAAGUGUUGCAAGGCAGUCAGAAUGAAAUUUAACAUCUCUUCUUAUUCUUACAAUCUUGUUUUGUGAGCAUGUUCAACAAAUGCUUUUGUCAAAAGUAGAUAUUACACCAGAUUUUUUAUUUUUUUUUUUUUUUCAGAAUUAGUGGAAAAUACUCAACAUACUAGAUUUCUGUACUUUUGACAUUUUUGUAAACUAUUGAAAAAGAAAACCAAUAUAACUUAUCAGUGCUUUGACAUUAUCAUUUGCAGAUAGGGAAAAUGCUUAUUAUUUGCAGCUAGAGAAAAUGUUUGAGUUAUCAAUUUAAGGGACUAAUGAAUUUAUUGUAUCCCUAAACUUAUUGAACUUGUAGAUGAUAUGCAAAACUAGGUACUCUUUUUUUUUCUUCCUAGAUAGUUUUAUGUGGUGUUACUAUAUGUGUGUGUGUGUGUGUGUGUGUGUGUGUGUGUGUGUGUGUGUGUGUGUGUAAAACAUAGCAUGCAUCCUACAUCUGCAUGUUUUUUUUUUCAGAGGAUGUUAUUUUGUAUAUAUGCAUGCAUGUAUAACUAUAUGUAGAUAGUAUAUAUGCAUGUGUGUGUGUGUGUGUGUGUGUGUUUUUUUUUUUUUUUUUUUUGCAUUGAAAAACUCUGACACAGAAGUCAUGUUUUGUAAUGUUUGUGUGAGGAAUGUCAGAAAUGUUUGAAUUUUUACAGGUAAUAAUGUUAGAAUAUAGUAGUUUUCAGCAUAUUGUUGUUUCUCAUUUGCCUUUUUGAAAGUGAAAAGCUAUUAUGCAAAAUAACAUUCCACUAAUUAUUGCACACAGUGACUUGCUAUGUGCUGAAACCAAGACACCUCCCAAGAUGACCCUCAAGAUCAGAUAAAACAGAACUUGCCUGAGAAGACUGUAUGUUGGCUUAGUUGGUGGUGCUGCUUAUUUAGAUGGAAGUGAAACUGCUGGAAGUUCAUAGUUUCUAUAUUUUCCUGUGUUAUUCCAUGUGGCCUGUGUCCUUUAUUGUUCCCUGUCUUGAAUGGUUGACCCUGUAAGUGGUAACACAUCAAAUACCGAACUGUAAUUGCUUUAAAAAUAUAAAACAAUGGUAAUGAAGGAUAUGAUUAAUUUUACAGAGUUGUUGAAAUAAUUUGGUAUGUAGUUUGCUGAUAAGUUAAGAAUUUAGUGUAGUGUUAAGCCUAUGCAGUGUGAUGCAGUCUGAUGGUGAAGGUGGUGAAUGUUAGUGUGUAAUGAGCUCAACACUUGUUCAGAAAUAGAGCAAAACCAUUUGUAUAUUUUUCUUUGUGAUGAAUGGCAUGUCUGCUUGCACUGAGCUGAACUGUGGCAUGAAAUAUCUGUUUGAACAGCAUUUUCUUCCACUACACAUUAGACUAAAAAUGUGCCUGAUAGCAAAAGCAGCUGCAUUAACUUGCAUUUAUUAGUACUCCUGGCCAUUUCUUCAUUUGUCCCUCCAUUGUCCUGCCAGAGAGCAUCAGCUACAGUGUCUCAUGCCCCUCCACCCCUCAUUUGAUUUACUAUGCUCCUCAGCAAUACAAAACUUGGUAUCCAUAAAUAUUCUUUAAUGGUAUUUUAUCUUGUCUCAGAUAUUCUUCAUUGUGUUCACAAUGACUAGAAAGUUUUCUCAGUAUACUUAAAUGUAUGCAUUUUAAGGCCCUAAAAUGAAUAUGUGCAUGAAAACAGUAAAUGACAUGUUCACCUUUAGUCUGCGAGAAGCUUUCCUAGGAUAUAACUAUUUCUUUAUAAACAAAACUAAUUAAUAUGUAGAUUUUUCAAUUAAGUCUCUGGAAUAUAUCAUUUGCUUGCUGUAUGAAUUAGAAAAAAUGUCUUAAGAAAAGUUUCCAGGCUAAUCUCACUUGAUGCUCUAGUUGUACAGUGUGUCCUGUUAGCCACUGGUGCUGCUGUGGAGGCUGUGUAGGAAGUGGAAAAAUUAAAUUACCUCAAUAUUUUUUUUCACCAUGGUUAGCUUAAGAUAUAAGGCACUGCAUCAUAUAGCUUUAGUGUAUAAUUUAUAUAAUUGGUUUGGUCAUUGUUGUCAUAAGAAGGCAACCUGUAAGAAAAAACUUGUAUAUAAAAAUGUAGAUGUGUAUGUACACAUAGUACAUUAAAAUAACUAUUCUUGAAAUUAGAAUUGAGGAUACAUAUGGUGUGUGCAGCUGUGUGUCCUUAGGGGUGAGGCUCAAGUACUGCUUACAGAGAGUUGUAUUGCUCUUGUUGGAGAUGAUAUGGGUAUCAACUGCGGGGAUGGGCUGGUCAGUAAUUUAGAAUUGAUUAUGUUAUUGACUGAUUUUUAGUGUUCUUGGCACCACAAAAACUGAGGUUAUAUGGUACUGUUUGGAAUUUUGGAAGAAAAUAUUAUGGUUAUCUAAUCAGCAAGUGAAACACGUGACUUACAAGGUUCUGCACGGCAAGAUUUACCAGGUUGUGCAGGUGAGGGUUGGUAUCCACGUAGCAGCUCACACCUGUGUUUUUGAUGGCCACAUCAAAUUUCACUACUCAACCAUGGGAAGCAGGAACAAUAUUUGUCUAUCUGGCUCAAGUAUGAUGUUACAGUGACUCUCAGCCAUCAGAUUUUCUUGGUGUUAUGUGUACAAGCAUAUCAAAUAAUGUUUACUUAAUGCAAUCAAUGGAACAGUUAAUGUACAGUUGCUCAAUGUAGUGAUGUCAUAUUUAACGAAAUAUUUAAGGAAAAAAAGGUAGUAAUGGGCAAUUGUAUCCUUUCACAUUCCCAGUUCUCAAUCUUUUUGGAUAUUUAAUAUAAAGGAGUUAACUUGUCCAUAUAUUAAUUUCUAUAUAUAUAUAUUUUUUUUUUAAUUGCUUUCUUUAACUUAAAUCCACUGGACUUUAUGACAUCACUAUCCGGGUUACUUGUGACAACUGUACAUUCAUAUACUGACGAUAAGUUUGUGGGUUAAUUUUGUGAUUGGAAAAGCAAACAAGCAAGGAAAGGGAUGAGGCACAGUGAAUAUUGAGCUGUGCAGAUGCAAGUGCCUGCCAGUACAUUUGUUAUUUGAGUGCAAGUUUGGCACUCAGAGCAUGAUGUAAAUUUCACAAUCCAUUACAUAAUACUAAGAUGCAAUGUAAAUCCUUAAAGCUUCAGCUGAGUUUGAAUAAGGAAUUUGGGAUAAAAGAAACAAACUUCUAACUUCUUUGCUGAAUUGCAUGAAAUUGUACCAAAGUUGUGUACGUAUUUGUUAUUCACGUGGUAUUGAUGCUUUGUAUUGAUUGAUGGGUUUGGGGUGACAGCAGGUGACAAUCCUUUAUUUAGUCAUGGGAAGGCUGACACUUGUUAUAUUACUACAUGAUCAGAUCUGCUUUACCAUAGUAUGGUGUAUAAAUUCAUGUUGCCAAAUUAGUCACAUGUACUUAAACAUUAGUUGAAAAAUAAUUGCAGACACUUCUUUUAUAUUAUUUAUUACAUUGCAGCUUACAGAAAUGAAAAUGUUAGUGAAUGUAGUUAAAUAGAACUCUGUGUAAUGUGCAUAUGGGGUGUACCAUUAUAGAAUAUGGGGAAUGUGUAGAGGGAAACUGCAUGGUUUAUAGUGAUGGACUUUGAAUGCCACUAGAAUAAAAGUGAACUGCUGUGUUGCAAGAGGAGACAUAACCACAGAAUGGGAAAAAAAAAAAAAAAAAAAAAUUGGCAUGCAGGUUUUGAUGAAAAUUCCAUCCUUCUAUUAUAUCUGCUGUUAAUGAAAUACUAGUAUAUGUUUGCACAGUAUUAGAAGGUGUUAGGAGUUCGUGAACCAACGGCACAAUACGUAGUUCUUUUCUCUCCUGCACCAUGAGUGAGGAAGGAUUGUGCUUGUCUUGAUGCUGAAGAUGCUGAACACAGGUUGAAGUCUGAAAAGAGGCUGCAUUAAGUGUCAGCAUUCCACUUUAGGAAUAUUAUAUGUAGAAUCAUUGACUGAUAAUAUGCUCUAUGAGGUGAUAACUUUGAUGUAAGGGCAUGAAUGAGAAUAAUUCCCUUCAUAGAGAUGCCUUAAUGCUAGGUACUUUUACUAACUUUGCCAAAGAUAGUUCCAUUAUAUCUAAGCUUGGUAGUUUUGUAGAUCAUCUUGUAGCUCUUUGAAGUUGUUCGGGAACAACUGCCUUGCCCAAGGAGUUGCUCCACUCGCUGUGCAUCACUGGCUGCCACUUGUUUCAGAACCACUGACGGGAUUACCAGGACAGAAAAAUGUGAUUUUAUUUUUUUUAAUCAGUUAUUUUUUUGGUAGAAAUGUAAUCUUAUUUAUCUAUUAUUUGUGUUAAUUUUCACAAUAUUAAGUGGGCACUUAGUUGAUUAAAAUCUAAAGAAAUUUCUUGAACUGUAAAUGCUUGCUUUGCCUUUUAUUAUUGUAAUUAUUAUUAUUAUUAUUAUUAUUAUUAUUAUUAUUAUUAUUAUUAUUAUUAUUAUUAUCAUUAUUAUUAUUAAUUUCAUCAUUUUUUUUAUAAAUAUGCAUUCAAAGUUAUUGGUUGCCAUUGUUGCUGGUAAACCUCAACCAAUUUUCUUCAGUUUAGCCCCUUGCAACUUUUGAUGAAAGCACUUAAGUACUUUUUUUUAGUAUUUCCAUUAUAUUCCUUAUCCUUCUUAUGUUUCUAAUCCUUAUAUGUUUCUUUUUAAUAAAGAAUAAUCCUCACUAGAUUUUAUGGUGAUGAAGUUAAAAUUGUGAAAUAAUACUUAAACAGCCAUUGCCUAUUGGCUUUGGUUUAGUAUUACAGGUAAUGAUUAAUAGAUAAUGAAGUGCUGAGUGGAGUGCCCUGGGCAGGCUGUUUUCACCACCUUUGUUUCCUCCCGUCUCAAAACACCAGGAAAAGUCUGUAUUGCUUCACUAAACAGGUUCACAACAAAUUGUCCAAGAAUAGACCACUUAAACAGUCAUUACCAUUACCAGUUUACAUAGUGCUAUUAUUUCUGAGAUGACUUUAGUACAUGGUGCACUACACUCCAUGUUUACAGCAGGUGUUUUGGUCACUAAGAUGACACCUACAACAAUGUUAAUUACGUGUCCAAUCCAAUCAGUAUACUAAGUUCCCAUGUGGUGCAGGUGCCUCUCAAAUGGGUCUUGUAUGAGGAUCUGCAAUAUCCCCCUUAAUUUUAUCAAGAAGGCCUGGAAAGCCUUGAGCAGUUAUAAUUAAUGGUUUUUAUUUUAUAUAUUAUUUUUUUUUCUUGACGUGUAGAUGAUUUAGAAUUUGUUCCUGAUAUGUUUUAUACAUUUUUAUGAACCUGUAAUAUGUUGACAAAAUAAAACAAUUAUGAAG